UCUGGGUGUUGGUCUGUAUUUGCUUGCGACUUGGCUGUGUCGCAUCAACGAUUCGCAUGUUUCAUUUAGCUCAUCCCUUUCCAUCGUUGGAGAGAAACUCUUGCGUCUCGCUUUUCUGGGACUUGUCCAAAUUCGCUUGCUACACCAAUCGUUCACGCAAGCGUUCUCCUCUCGCCCGCUCUUUGUAUCAUUGUACAGGUACUCCCCGAUAUACGCUAUCAAUGCGUACCGGAGGCAAUAGCGUAUCUCGAAUAUACAAUAGCGAAAGUCGAAUUUCGAGGUUUUCAGUCAAAUUAUAACUAAUAUCCGUAUAACUUUGCAUGAAGUGGUAGGUUUUAGCCACAUAAUUAGUUAUUUGAUCUAAUUCAACUGAAUUUUUCAAUUUUAUACCAUUUGAAAUGGUUUUUAAUAUUCAACCAAAAGGGAAUUUAUUUUGCAUUUGACAUUCGAUUUCUAAAAUUAGUACUACUUGUUCAAAGAACCGUCAAAUUUAGAAAAAAAGCGUAUAGCGAAAUCGUGUAUAUCGAGUAUGGCGUAUAUCGGGGAAUACCUGUAUAGCCACACGAGGAAGGCGCUGCUUCGCGUUCACAUGAAAAUGUGGUAGUGUGAAAUCAAGUUUGCAAGCGGUAGGACGCGUCGGUGUGUGUCCGUUUUUUCUCUCGUGAAACCAGUACGGAAAAACUAUUUGGUAAGUACAGUUUUUAAUAAAGGGUUAUAUCAAUCUUUAUCAAACUGAAUUGUAUUGAUAAUUGUGAUAUAAAAUCAAUUUCGUUUUUUUUUAAAGAAAUCGUAACACACGCACGAACGGAAGUGAGCACGGACCACAACAGAAGCAAUAUUCAAUUGGUUGGAGUGCCGAAAACAGAACAGGAGAGGAAAGAAGGCAGGAACGAUCCGAUCCUCCAACGUGCUAGCGCCUGGUAGAGGAGAAGCGGCAGGAAGGUAGAGACGAACAUCCAGCUCGCUAGUGCAGCACGUGGGAGCAGCAAGAGGGAAGCAAGCAGGACGCGUACACACCAUUCGACGAAGGCAAAGCUGGAGGAAAGGAAGAACGAGGAGAGAAGGCAGGCAUGACGGGUACGUAUGUAUCCCGCAUCGGUUUUCGGCAGUGUGAAUUGUGUGAGUAUGUAAAUAUGUAUGUGCGAGUAAGAAGGUAAAAUAAAGAGCGUAAGCAUGUGCAGAAUGGACAAAAGAGAGUAAGAGUCUUUGUAGGGAGAAUGGAGAGAAUGAAAGAAAUUGAACAAUAAUGUAGUAUACAGAAACUAGAUGUAUGAUACACGCUGUCGCACCGUUGCAGAGACGUGCUCUUUAGUGCUGCUAAUGAGCACGAUUUGAGAACGUUUUGAGCCCGUUUUUUCUCAUACAAAAUUUAAAAAUGUCGCGCGAUAAUGUCGGUUGGGAUAUACAGCACACUCAAAUUCCGUACGACGGUGUACUAGAGGCUGACAAAAUACACUUGUCACUUGUCACUCAAAGCGGCUGGUUGUGCUCUCUCACUCUCCUAUUUCCAAGUUGAUUUUUUACCGCGAUUUUCUUGUUGAUUACGGCUUGAAUUGUUUUAGUUCGGUUAAUUUACACUCGCGCGUUCACGUAUCACAAAUUUGUGCGGCACCUGUGAAUUGUACGGUUCAACAUAUAAACAUUGCAAUCCGCCUGCGGUUGUUGUGAUCACUCACUGUUCAGUCGAAGUUUGGUCUAUUUUGCGAUGGCGUCUGUGAUCUGUAAGAAAUGUGAAGGUGCUAUUAGCAACGAUCCAAUUCCGUGCUUCGGUCUUUGUGAACACUAUUACCACGAUAAGUGCAUUGGACUUUCAACCCCGCUCCUGCGUGAUUUUAAGAAGUCACAAAAUUUAUUCUGGGCUUGCGCGGAUUGUGCUCAGCGUUUGCGGGCCGUUGAUACUUUACGCUUCUCGCACGGUCUUUCUCGUGACGCUGCCUACCUGUUGAAAUUGUUGCAGUCCGAUUUCCGCGAUUCAUCACGUUCUGUGCAGGCGGCAUCAGCUGGCUUGCGACUUGAACUUUCCUCUUCACUGGAUUGUUUUAGAAACGAGAUAGCUUUGAUGAAACAGGAAUCAGCAUCAUCAAUUCGUUCCGUGAAAGAUUUCAUCGACUCACUUACUGCUUCUCACUCAAUGGAACGCAACUACUCACAGGCUCCACUACUCACAACGCUUGAUGAAGUUAAGCAUGGCAUCAAGGAGCUUGAUCUCAUGCACCGUGAGCUUCUCACUUCCUUCAACUCACUAAUGAACAAGCUCAACUCUCAUCUUGUCACGCAUACCACUACAUCGAGUGCUCACCAUUAUGCGAUUCCUGCAACGCACUCAACGACCACGAAUCCAGUUGCGGCCUCUAAGCUCACCCAUCAAGCUGUUGAUGAGAAUCCUUCUAAACGUCGAUUGUUGGAUCGCUCUCCCGACCCAUCGCCUACCAAUACCGUUACACGCGCUAUGUUUUCAUCGGGCACAGGGUUGUCCUACAAUAAUAUUACGACCGUUCCUGAACGCCCACCCCGUACUUGGGUCUUUAUCUCCCGUAUUGCUCCUGAUACUCCGAUUGAAGCGAUCCGCGAAAUGGCCUGUUCUAACAUAUGGACAGACGACAUCUUGGUAUAUAGCCUUGUACGACGCGACCGGGAUCUUUCUACGCUCUCCUACGUAUCUUUUAAAAUAGGUGUACCGGAUUCGCACCGGGCUAUUGCUUUGGCUGCUUCAACCUGGCCUCGCGGGAUCUCUUUUAAGGAGUUCAUCGACCUAAAUCCCCGCUCCGUCAAUGUUUGGCGACCCACUACUGUAGCAUCCCUUGCACCUUCUGCGCCUAUUAAUCGUGAAUCGGAUCAUCCUUCCUCGCCAGCUUCUAUCAACCACACGACACAACUGCGAAACGCUGAUUUCACUAUUUCGCCAGAUCAUGGCCCUAUGAGCUUGCCUUAUACGCAGUACUUUCAGCAAGCGUAAACCGGCUGAUCCGGCUGAAGAUUCUCAUGAACUACCGACUUUACCCGAAUUGAUGGAAGCUAACCCUGCAUCUAAUACACACAAUCCGUCCGACUCUCUUUCGCCGUUAAUAACUUGCAGCGAAAGCACUCCCGGCGUAUCUCGCUCUCUCAUCCCUUCGAUCGAUCAACUAAACAUCUACUAUCAAAAAGUAUGAGGAUUGCGCACAAAACUAAACGAGUUACGCCUCUCUGUCUAUCUGAGCUUGAUAUGGAUGUGUUUGCAUCGUGCGUUAAUCACUUCAUUCGUACUGGAGUAUCUCGUGAAAAUGUUUCUCUGCUUGAUGGAAUGUCGGUAAACGGUUUGCCGCAAUUAUCUGGCAUAAAAAAUAUACGCGGAAGUCAAUUGGACCUUCUAUUUGCCAAUGCUGCCAAUGCUAUGCCUUCUUGGAGCGCUGCUCCCCCGUCAUAGCUUCACCUGUUCCACUCGUCGCGCUAGACAAUCAUCAUCCUGCUCAUGAGACAAGUGUGCUCCUUACGCACUCUCGCCCUGCAUCCUCUCAACGAAUACCUACGGCUCGUAUGUUCAAUUUUAGGAAACUGGACUACCAAAAGCUUCAUCAUAUUUUAGCCGGUACCGAUUGGUGCUUUACUGAUGAUGACAUAAAUCAAGCUGUAGCUGCGUUUACUAAUGUAAUCACUUCCGCCUUCCCUUCCUGCUGUCCUCUGCUAUCCUGUCUACCGAUCCCGUCUUCGCUCCUUUUCCGUACCAUAAACUCCUUCCUACUCCUUCGUGAAUAAUUGUAUACUAUAGUCAGUAAGCACUAUUGCUGUAACCCAACGUGGCCGAGCAAUUAAUAAAAUAAAAAUAAAUAAAUAAAUAAAUAA